AUGCCCCUUUCACCACAUCCAUUCUCUACAAAUCCGUUGAAAACCCGUGCGGACCUCCACAAUGCUCUCGAGUCCUUUCUUAACCCUUUAGCACCUCAUACAUCUCCCAAUGGUGCCCGUAUCAAGAUUGGCAGCACUGCCACACAUUACGAUGAGACUGCCGCACAACUUGAAGGAUUUGCGCGCCCCCUUUGGGGGCUCGCAUCUCUUCUUGCUGGCGGUGGUAAAUACGAAGGUACAGAGAGGUGGGUUCAUGGAUUAGCUGCUGGAACUGAUCCAGAGAGUAAUGAGUAUUGGGGAGAAACGAGAGCGAGAGACCAGAGAAUGGUUGAGAUGUCUCCCAUUGGGUUUUCGUUAGCAGUUGCGCCGGGGGCAAUGUGGGAGCCGUUGGGAACGAGGGAGAAGGAGAACGUGGUGAAGUGGCUGAAUGCAAUCAAUGAUAAAGAGAUGCCAAACACGAAUUGGCUUUGGUUUAGAGUAUUUGCAAAUCUAGGACUUUCAAAGGUGGGGGCACCAUUUGAUCCAGAGAGGUUGAAGGCUGAUCUGGACCAUCUGGAUACCUUCUAUCUCGGUGAUGGAUGGUCCCGCGACGGACCUGAGGGGGUCCGGCAGCUUGAUUAUUAUUCUGGAUCAUUUGCGAUCCAGUAUGCUCAACUGGUUUACUCAAAGCUAGCCGCAGAUACGGACCCAGCGAGAUCUGAAGAGUACAGGGACAGGGCCCGAAAAUAUGCUGCCGACUUUGUGCACAUGUUUGAUGAAGAAGGGCGUGCAAUUCCCUUUGGUCGUAGCACAACCUAUCGAAUGGCCAUGGCCGCCUUCUGGGGUGCUGUAGCUUUUGCAGACGUUGAACUUCCCGCUCCUCUAUCCUGGGGUGUCAUCAAGGGCAUUCUCCUCCGAAACCUUCGUUGGUGGUCUCGCCAGGACAUUUUCUCCUCCGACGGAACCCUUUCAAUAGGUUAUUGCUACCCAAACAUGUACUUCACCGAGAAUUAUAACUCCCCUGGAUCCCCAUAUUGGGGAAUGAAAGCAUUCAUCCCACUCGCACUCUCAGAAUCACACCCUUUCUGGAAAGCAGAAGAGCUACCAUAUCCGUCUUCACAGCUCCCCAAAACCGUUGCGUUACAUCACCCAAGUCAUAUUAUCAGCCAUCUGGGUGGACACACUUUUCUGUUGUCAUCAGGCCAGGCGUGUCAUUACCCACUUAAAGCCACGCAAGCCAAAUAUGGAAAAUUCGCCUACUCUUCGGCAUUUGGAUUCAGUGUGCCCACCGGAUCAUUUGGCCUUGACCAACACGCAGCCGAUAGCAUGAUUGCGUUUUCUGAAGAUGAAGGGGAAACCUGGAAGACGAGACGACUGGCACCUGGGGCACGAAUUGAGUCGGUAGAUGGUGAACCAGUGCUCAUAUCAAAAUGGUUCCCAUGGCCUGAUGUGGAGGUUGAAACAUGGCUGAUACCGCCCGUCGAGAGUGUGUCUGAGAACUGGCAUUUGAGAGUUCAUAAACUUAAGAAUCCAAACCGAAAGCUCAUGUCUGUAGAGGGGGCAUUCGCAAUAUACGGGCAGACCAGCAAAGAUGGAAGGACAUUGGAUACAUUUGAUGGGGAUGAAGGGAGGUUCACAAAGCUGGGUGAAGCGUUUGCAGUUUCUUCUGCGGGAGCAGUGGGUAUCUUGGAUAUGUCACCGGGUGAUCAGAGGAAGGGAGUUGUGAUGAAUGUAGAUGCGAACGCCAAUUUAAUUGCAGCAAGGACGGUUUUGCCGCAGCUAGAGGCGAUAAAUUUGCCAAAAGAAGGAGAGACAUGGUUGGUCUCGGCGGUGUUCGCAUUGCCGGUAACAUCUGGAGAAACAAGUGUGAAGGGUACUUGGGAGGAGAGGUGGGGGAAGAAGCCGGCGGUUCCAGAGUGGAUCUCGAAGUUGAUGAAGCAAUGA